GAGAUAUCGGGGGAACAGUUCUGGUGAAACGUAAACGCUGUAAAGAGACGGUGUGGGUCAAGGUGACUGAUUCCCACACAUCUUUUUAUCUGUCAUUCUGGCCUCAGCAGGCUUUUCCGGCUGGUCUCUGUUUCUCAGAAGAUAAAAAAAAAAGUUAUCAGAUUCAGGAAGUUUGACAUCAAGUCUCGUUUUAUUUUUCAGUUUUACCAAUGUCUUUAAGAAGAGAGAAGGGACCUUUAAUUGAACUGUAUAAAAAGUUUCACCUUCAACCCCAGUUUGACAAAGUCUGUGAUGAGUUAACUGAGAAAUGACUGCAGUUUUCAGGCAAGCAAAAGCCCGUUCUGUCAUGGAACAAUCAUAAAAUGUCUAAAUACAUAACAUACUAUUCAAACAUUGAACUGUGGUAUCAAAUAAAGGAGGAGGCGAUUCCCGCUGCACGCUUCAUCCAGACAUUACGGAAGGAGAUCCUCCCAAAGCUGGCCCAAGGGUGGAGCUUUGGGAGGGCCCACGCAUGCGGCAGAGCUGGAAUUUCUUCAUAAGGCAGCUGGCAGGAACAGGUACCAAUGUAAGGCGAGGAGGAGCUCUGUAAGGAUGUCCAUGGACCUGUACAGCCCCAACAUGGGUGAGAAUGGGGCCUCCAUGUGCCAGAUGAAGCAGCUACCCUGCCACGGCGUGCCGCUCCUUCGCCUGCAGGCUGGUGGGCACCACGCACACAGCCACUCAAACCUCCCUCACAAGCCGUGCUUGAGCGACCCAUCGCUGGUGGCGGCCUCUGGGACAACCCCUGCCCUCCGGCAGAGGGUCAGCGGUGCCACGGCAGGAACCUGCAACAGCCCCAGCUGUGCUGCUUGGAGACAUGGACAGGUGGGAACAGCAGCCUGGGACGGCCAGAAGGGGAAGGUGCUGGUGACAGGUGGAGCGGGAUAUUUUGGCUUCAGGCUGGGGAAGGAGCUGGCCAGCGAGGGGAUGACCGUGAUCCUCCUGGAUGUGAACAAGCCUCCCUGGGACAUUCCUGAGGGAGCGAUCUUCUUCCAGAGCGACAUUCGGACCUAUUCCUCCCUCCAUAAAGUGUGUGAAGGCGUGGACUGCAUCUUCCACACCGCAUCUUAUGGCAUGUCUGGCCCAGAGCAGCUCAGGAAGGAGCAGGUGGAGUCAGUCAACGUCGGAGGAACCAAGAAUGUCAUAAAGGUGUGUAUAGAGAGAGGCAUCCCCAGGCUGGUGUACACCAGCACCAUCAACGUGGUGUUCGCUGGCAAACCGAUCGUGGAUGGAGACGAGGCUUCGGUGCCAUAUUUGCCUGGCGAUUUGCACAUUGACCACUACUCCAGAACUAAAGCGGUGGCGGAGCGGAUGGUCCUCUCGGCCAACGGAUCCUCCGUGAAAGGCGGAGGGACACUGCAGACCUGCGUCCUGCGUCCCUGUGGCAUCUACGGACCAGAGGAGAGGAGACAUCUCCACAGAGUGAUGAUGAACGUGGAGCGGCGCCUGUUCAGCUUCAGGUUCGGAGACCCAGCAGCCAAGAUGAAUUGGGUCCAUGUAGAUAACCUGGUCCUGGCCCACAAGCUGGCAGCUGAGGCUCUCACAAAGAAGAAAAGCUGCGUCGCUAGCGGGCAGGCAUAUUUCAUCAAUGAUGGCAUUUCCGUCAAUCUCUUUGAGUGGCUGACACCUUUGUUUGAAAAACUGGGCUACAGCAGACCCUCAAUAAAUCUGCCGGUUUCACUCGUCUAUACAGCAGCUAUUCUGGUGGAGUAUUUACACGUGAUUCUGAGACCGGUGAUCAAAGUGCCUCUUCUCUUUACCAGGAGUGAGGUCAGAAACAUCACCGUGAGCCACACCUUCAAGAUCGAUAAGGCCCGUCGAGAGCUGGGUUACAGCCCGAAGCCGUACAGCCUGGCAGACUCCGUAGAGCAGUACCUGAAGAACCGACGGUCUCGUGCGCCCCGACUUCCUGUCAACCUGUCCUACAUCAGGCUGCUGCCGCAACUGGGUGUCCUGCUGCUGCUAAUGGGUCUCAGCCUGGUGCUGUUCCUGUUCUACACCAUCCUUAGUUAGGAGAUAAAUACUUGUUACGAUGUUGGAUGGAGAUGCUUUCAAAGCUACCGUAUUUUUCGGACUAUGAGUCGCACGUUUUUCAUAUUUUAGCCGAUCCUGCGACUUACAGUCAGGUGCGACUAAUAUAUGAAUUUAGAUGGUAAAUCAUACUGAACGACAUGAACCAAGUAGUAAACUUUCAUACUGUUAGCUUAGCAUGUAGCACCGUGAUGCCCACCGUCUAAUUUCAGCGUAAUUAAUUAGACCGAAAUGCUCUGACAAACUUUCCUGGUUGGAGUUGGUGGCUUGUUGUGCUAAUUUACUUCAUUCAACCUCCCAGGUAUGUUGCAUA